ACAGUUUUACUUUGCGAAAUCCAUUAUAAGCCGUCACGAUCGAUCAAUUGCGUGCAUUAUGAUAUUAUAUCUGAUCGUUACAAAAAUGUAUAUUAUGGCGUAUGAUAGACAUAUAUUACGCGUAUGCACGCAUUAACGUUCCCACACAUAUAAAUGCAAACAUUUAUCAAGAUAAGGCUAAUUGUCAUAUAAUAAGCAAAGAAAAAAAAUGUACAAACUUUUUUUAUUGUCUCCUUUAUUUUUUUUUUCAUUCGCCAUGCAGACUAUCGAAAAAUCUUCUAAAGAAAAAAAUCAUCAACGAUUGUGAGAAAUUUCGCAGAGCGGUUUAUUCAUAUAAUCAUUAUAAUAUCUGUGAAAGAUCUACACGCGAUAAAAAUAAAUCGUUAUUAUUACUUUGUCGGUUCCGUUUGUAAAGAGACUUUUACUUCUUUUCUUUAGAGACAGACAGUUUUUUUAAUAAGAAAACAUGCUAGAAAAUUGUCGAUGGUUUCUGUACGCGUCGCGUUUUUAUGGGUGUCACCCGCACACGAUUGACGAUGAACGAUCUCGCGUGCCCGCAAAUUUUCGCCUACCGUUAUUGGCAUAUUCGCUAAUUAUGUGCGGUUUGUAUUGUGUCGCGGGAUAUUAUGCGAAAGGCUUUAGAGAUUACUGUGACACUGAUAUCGUAACGAUAGGUUGUGUUCUGCAGCAGGGCAAUCGGUAUAACCGGUGCUUUUACAUGAUCCUGACGCCGUUGCUGUCUUGCUUGCGAUAUGCAGAAUUUGAACGGGCCGUAGCUGUCGCUCGUAAAUUCGAUGAUUUAAUGCGACAUCAUAAUAGUCGGUGCAACGAUAAUAAACGAAUGAAUUGCUACAUGCAAUGGUUGAUUAUAUUAACGAUUUUCGUCGUUUGGAUCGUCAUCAGCAUACUAAUAAUGUUUGCUGUACCUCAUAUGAUUUUUUAUUUGCUUGCGUUACAAAUUAUAAUGCGAAUUACAUUCUCGAUAGAGAUUGCAAAAUUUUAUUUCUUGUACGACGCAUUGUAUCGUAGGUUUCGUCGUCUCAAUGGACUAUGUCGCAAACUGACUGGAAUGGGUGUCGGCAUCGAUACCGGUAUAUCUGUGAUACAUAUUAAUCGUCUUACAAUCUCGAAUCUUCAGCAGUUGCACAGCUGUUUGAUCGAUGCAACAAAUCAUUUGAAUUCUUAUUAUAGUCUGCAGUUAUUUUGUUGGAUCGCAUGCAUGUUACUGGACAUUCUUUCAUAUAUCUUUGGCGUUUUACAUAAAAGAGACAACGUGCUCCUGACUUGCGUCCAAUGCAUUUUGCUACUAAUUUUUUCAUUUCAAGUUAUCACUAUAAGUCGCAUCUGUCAUUUAACAUGCGAUCAGGUAUGUAUGUUAUGUUCGUCUCUGACGAGCGAAAUUGAAGCGAUUGAGUUGGGAGUACGUCUUCGAAUCUUUCCGUUGCGCGUUAGAGUCUGUGGCUUAUUUAAUUUGGACAACAGUCUUGCAUUUUCGGUAAUUGAUGUUUUUUCUAUAAUCUAUUAAUUACUUGA